AUGAAAAUAAAUUGUAAUGAUUCAAAAAUAAAAAGGAUAUCUAAUUUUCCAGAAGAAAAUAUAUUAAUUAAUUUUAGAUGUAAUAACAUAAAAAAGCAGAAUCAAAAAAAUAAAAAUUUUCAAUCCUAUGAUAUAUCAAAUGAUUAUUCCAAUUUAUAUACAAGCUUCAACAGAAACGAAACAAAAAAAGUCCCAUUUUAUACUAGUUCAUUAGGAGAAAAAAAACAAAGUAAGAAGAAAUUAUCAAAUCAAACAAAAAAAAAAAAAAAUUAUUUUGAGAAAAAAUUUCCAGAAAAUUUAAAAAUAAAUAAUAUUAAAAGAAAAAAUAGACAUUCAAAAUCUAGGAAUCCAUAUGGAAGUCGAUUGUGUAAUGCUGUAGAAACAUUAAAUGGAAAAAGUGAUUCUAAUAAAUUAAAUGAAUCAUAUAUAAAAUGUAAGCUUAAUCAUAAAAUUAAUGAUAGUUGUGAAAGUAUAAUAGAAAGCGUGCCAAUAAGAUUUGAUAAAUGUUCAAUUUUUUGCGGAUCUACUAAUAUAAAAGAAAAUUAUAAGGAUAGUAAAUUAAAAGGAAAGGGAUUGAUUGGUUGUAUAGGGAAUAAGGAAAGAGAAAAAGACAAGGUGGAUGAAAUCGGUAAAAAUAAUAAACAUGAAGACAAUAUAAAAAAAAACGAUCUGAAUUAUAAAAAAAAAUUGAAAAAACUAAGAGAUAAAAGUUAUUCAAUUAUAAUAAAAAAUGAAAAUAUUGAUGAAAAUUUUAAAUAUUUAAUAAAUACUCAUAUAACAAAGGAAGAAAAUAAAGGGACUUGUAAUUCAAAAAAAGAGGGAGGUAAUAUUGUACUUAGAGGGAAUGUAUACAAAAUAGAGAAUAACCAUAGAUUUAAAGAAAAUAUAAAGAACAAAAAUGAAAGCUAUGAAGGAAUAAGAAAAAAUAAUAAUAAGAUUAAAAAGAGAAAAGAACAAUAUCCAAUAGUAAAUAAUACAAAAUCUUACAUAAGAGAUGGAAAUAAAAUUUCGAUAAAUAAUGAAAAAAAUAAUGAAAACAAUUAUUCUUCCUUUUCUUCUGUAUGCUCAGAUGAAAACUCAUCUUAUGAAGUUUCGAUUUUUGGCGAGUUGGAUAUAAAUUAUAAUUUCGACAGUAAUAAAUCAGACAAAUUGAUGCAUGAAAAUUCAGAAAAUAUGGCUAGUAAAAAUCAUAGAAACUGUAAAGGUAAUACUAAUUGUUCUACUACAAAAAACAGAGAUAUAGAAUUAGGAAUAAUAAAAGGAGAUAAAAGAAAAGAAAAAUUCAAAAAAUGUGAAAAUCCAAUUAUAGAAAAUAUAAUAACAAAUGAAACACUGAGUAAUUCACACAAAACAAAUAAUUUGAAUAAUGUUCAGAAUAAUAAGAAAUACACCGAUUUAGAAAAUCUGAGAUAUGAUGAAAUUAAAAAAAACGAUUUUAUUCAAAAUUCUAAAAAAUAUGAUUUAAAAAAAUGUGAAUUUGCAAAGUGGGGAAAUUGCUCAAGAACUAACAGAAAUAAUAGAAGAAAUGGAAGCAAUAAAGGAAGUGUUAGACGCAGAUGUAGUAGAUGUAUAAAACGAAAAGGCAAUAUAAAUUGUAAUGAAAUAUUUGAAAUGAAUUUUAAAGAAGGGUAUAAACAAAAAAAAGAAAUGAAUUGUGUGGAAGAUGAAUGGGAAAGAAGGAAGAAAAUGGAACAAAAUUCGAAAAGAAAAAUAAUUUUAGAAAAAAAUAAAGAUAAAAUGGAUAAGCACAAAACUAUAUAUGGUGUUCCAAAAGAUAAAAAAACAGAAAGUAUUAAUGAAAACAAAAAUAUCGAAUCAUACAAAAAGGUAAAUGGCAUAAAAACUGAUAAAAUGAGACGAAAUUCAGAUAUAGGAAUUUCCAAAGAAAUCAGAAAUAGGGAAGGAAUUGUAAUUUCUAGUAACAUUGUUCCAAAUAAAAAUACAAGUAAAAUAAUACCAACAGAAAAAUCAUAUAAUAAUGAAGAUUUCAGUGAAAAAAAAAAAGACAAAUUUUAUGAAAUAUAUUUUGGGUGUAAAAAGUUAGAUAAAAUAAAUUAUAAAAAGGGUAUCGAAAAUGAAAAAAAAAAAAUAUAUAAUAUUAAAAUAAUAAAUGAUAAUAGUAAAUAUAUAAGAAAAAAGGAAGAAGAUAUACAGGACACUGAAAUUGAAGAAGACUUACACAGUACUAAAUAUAGUUCAGAUAUGAUUACACCAAACAAUAAAAAUGAAAAUGGAAAAAAAAAAUGUUUUUCAAAAUGUGAUACGUAUUAUGAACAACGUUGUUCAUAUUGUUCAGGUGAAAAAGAUAAAAAUAAAUUGAGUAUAAGCCAUAUAAAAAACGAUCCUAAUAAUAAUUGGGGUAAUAGAAAAAAUGGAACUAUUGGGUAUUUGAAUGAACAUGACAAAGGAAUGAAAAAAAAAAAAAAAAUUGGAAUAGUUCAAAGUGAUAGUGAAGAUUUUAAAAUUGAGGAUAAAAUAAAAUUACCAAUAAAUUUAUUAAAUUUCCAAAAUGAGAAAAACAAAAAGUGUAAAACAUUUUUACAUCCUCCCAAAAAGGUAAUUAAUUCAAUUGGAGAAAUUAUGUCUGAAAAUAAGAUAAAAGAGGAUAUUAAAAGAAAGAAUUGGAAAGAAAAUAUAAAUACACAAAAUUUAAGUAACACAAAAUCCUCGAAUUUGUAUGAAAUUAUUUUAAAAAAAAAGAAGCGAGAAAAUAAAAACAGUGUUAUUGAUUCUAGAAUUAGUUCUUUUCCUAGUAAUUAUUGUUACAUCGAUGGAAAGGAUCGUAAUAGUUCUGCGCAUGUUUGGAAAUCCUAUGAAACUGAAGAAAAUAAUUAUUAUUCAGAUACUAAUAUUGUGAAUAAAAACUCAAAUAAUUUGUCUAACAUUAAUAAUAGUUAUAAAGCGAAAGAAUACGAAAAAAGUAAAAAUAUAAUCAAAUCAAAUAAAAAGAGGAUCAAAAACGAGAACAAAAAAGUCAGCCAAAACUUAAACCAAAAUAAAACAUGGUAUAAAAUCCCAAUAGAAGAAAAAAUGUUUCUGAGCAAAUCAACACAUAAUAGUGGAGGUGAAAUAUAUUCUCUAAAUUUUCAAAAUAGUGUAUUUGCUUUUCCUCAUGAAUAUUUAGAUGCCGGUGAAAAAUUAGAAUCAUUAAAAACAUCGCGAAGCAUUUUCUCAGGCAUAUGUGUAGAAAACAAUAAAUAUAAUGAAAAUGAUAUUCUUCGAAGUAGCAGUAACAAAAGUAUAAUUUAUAUAAAAAAACAAAAUAAUCAUAAAAAUGAUGUUGCUUUUAAGCUUCGAGGGCAUUCAAUUAAUAAUAAAAUGAAAGAAAAAAUAAAUGAAUUCGAUUUUUAUAAAUUUGGUGAAAAUACAAAUUGUAGACACACUUCAAAUUGUUUUCUAUCAGGAUGUAAUCCAAAAUGGAACAAAAAAAUAAACUCUGAGAAUGUCAAUCGUUAUAAUUAUAUAUUAAAAGAUAGUAAUAAAAUUAGACAUCAAAAUAACAAUAAUAACAUAUGGAAUAAAUAUAAUUUUCAUUCUGAAGUUUCGAAUGAAAUGGAAAAAAUAAAUAGCAUAAAAGUUAAAUGUUUAUCUAAAAAUGGAAAAUAUAAAAAUGGGUUUUGUAAAAAUUGUUUGCUUUCACCAUGUAAAAAUUCAGUAAAAAGAAAUAGUAAAAAUAAUAGAACUAAAAGUUUAUUUUCAAAAUUAUUUUCAUACAUAAAAAAAAAUAGUCUAUGCAACGAAAGGAAAUAUAAGGAUUCUAUGAAAAGAAAUAAAUCAGAGGCAUUAUCAUUUUGCAAAACUAACAAAAAUAUUAAACCACCUCAUUAUAUUUAUAAUAAUAGAUCUCGAUCUUCUGGUUAUUUUAUUGAUGUAUAUCCAAUCAAAACUGGGGUUAGAAAUAAUUCCCAUGUUUGCUGUGCCAGAAAAUUUAUGGUUAAUACUAAAUCGAAUCCUAUUCAUGUUCCUUCAGAUAUAAAGUAUAUUAUUGAUAUGCCAGAUAGUUUUGAAAAAAACAAGCUCGAUAAUAAGGGAAUUAGUAAUAAAAUAAUUGAAAAUGAAAUAAAAAAAAGUGCUUUAGACUUAAAUUUUAAAGGGGAAAAUAACUAUUAUAAUACUAAAAUGGUUAACAAUUUAAGAAGGGGAAUAAAAUGUGAUCAUGUUUUUCCAAAAAAUGAAAUAGUAAAUGAUGGAUAUAUGAAAAGGAUAUUACCAAAAGGAGGAGAAAAACGAAAAGAUGAAAAAAAUAUACGAAAUGUGAAAGGAAUUGUAAAAAAGGGAGUAAUAAAAAGUAACUGCAAAUAUUUUUUAAAAAUAAAUGAUCAUAAUGGUAGUAAUAAUAAUAAUAAUCCACUACCUUGCAAUGAUGUUUCGAUCAAUUGUAAAACUAGAGUUUUAAAAAAUAUCAAUGAAGAAACGAAUAAAACUAUAUUGGAAAACAAAAUUGAUCUUCCUAAAAUUGAAAAACCAAACUUUUUAAGGUUAAAUUUAUUUGAUGAAAAAUAUGAAAUUGCAAAACAAAAAAAAAAAAAAAUGAACGCUAAUAAUGAUCUUGUUAAAAAUCGAUGGGCAAAACGUCCUUCAAAAUAUGUUUCGAAAUUUACAAAAUUGCAAAUGAUAAAAGAAGAAGGAAAUACAUUUCGAAAAGAUUUAAAUAAUAUUAAUUGUGAAUAUUCAAAUUUAGGUAAGAAUAGACACACAAAAAGUUCAGUGAAUCAAAUCACCAAAGACAUAGAUAAUGAUAUUUUUAUCGAUACCAACGACAGUUACAUUAUUAACAAUCAGAAAAUGGGGAAUAUAGAAACAGUUUGUAAUGCACUAGGAGAAAAUAAUAAUUGUGGUAAUAAUAAUGAUAACAAUAAUAAUAAUAAUAAUGGUAACAAAAAAAUAGGGAAUACUUUAAAAUACGCCGAGAAUAAUUACAGAAAGGGCACCGCAUUUGAUGAAAGUACGCAAUUAAAUAAUCCAAACAAAGGUUAUAAAAUUUUUGUGGUAAGAAAAGGAGAUAAUAGCAAAAAUACCAUAGAAAAACAAAUUCUUUCAAAUAGUAUGAUAGAAAAUAAGUUGCCUUUAACGAAUAGUGAAAAUAGAAGAGGCACAAAAUAUGUGGAAAAUAAUGAACAUACUUUUUGUAAUUGUAAAAAUUAUUAUAAUUGUACUUGUGAAAAUAUAGAUUAUAAAAAUAAUACUGCGUUUGAUAAUAUGGAAAGAAAGACUAUUGAUAAUUAUUCUUCGUGCUCAAACGAAAACAUAUAUUUGUGGGAAAAUAAUAAUAAUAUUAAAAAAAAUGAAAUGGGGAAUUCUGAAGAUGGAAUGAUUAGCUAUCCCAAAGAGAAGGGAAGUAAUAUAGAAGAAAUUGAAAAUGACAUAAAAAUGAGCAAAUCAAUUAAAGACUGUUUGAAUACACCACUGAACUAUUUGAAUAAAAAAUUAAACAGUUCAGCUGAAAAUAUAAUUAAGAAAAUAAUAUUAAAUUACAAAAAUGUUAAUUUGAAAAAUAUGAAUAAUGACAAAUUAAACAAUCAUGAAACAAAAGUUAGUAUGGAUAAAUGCAACAAUAAUAAAAAUCUUCAAAUUAAUAAAAAAAAUAUCCAAAAAAAUAUAAAGAAUAAAUUAUAUUUAAAAGUUAACAAAAAUGUAAACAAUGAAAAAAUUGACAACUUUGCCAAUGAUAUGCCAAAAAUAAGACACACACCAAAUACUGAUGGUAAUUUUGUUUUAAAAAAUAAUAAUGUAAAUUCUCAAAGAAAUAUUGACAUAAAAGCUAGUAAUAAUCAAACUGAUAUAGAAAAUUAUAAAUAUGAACAGUUCAGAAAAAAAAAUUAUAAUAGAAUAAAUAAUGAAUCAUAUUCAUAUAUUGAUUGCAUUUAUCCUGACCCGAAAAUAUAUUUUUUGAAUAAUGAUGAAUCGUGCAUAAUUAUUGAAUAUCCAAAUAUAAAAUAUUAUAUAGUAUGCCCAUAA